CACCAUGAGCCUCUUCUGGAGUGUGUCCAUCUUGGCGGUGCUACAUCUCACAUCAAGAGGCAAUGGAGAGGACUGCCCCCUAAGAAUCCUCGGGCAGCAAAAAACUGUAUUCAAGGCCCCAGUUGGGGCACACUUGCAAAUUAGCUGCACAAUACAGAACAAUUGCUCAAAGGAAUUUGAAAAAGUCUCCUGGUACAGGUUGGAAAGCUACAACCUUGUGCCGGUGACCAAUGACUCUGGUGUUAUUACCAUAUUGGAGCACAUCAGCAAUUUGGAGAAUACAUUAUUAUUACGUUUCACAAACAUACAAAAAAGGGACGCCGGCUUGUAUCGGUGUCAAGGUGGACUCGCUGUAGGGCACCCCAUCAACGUAUCCGUCCACGAUAACCCUACGACAAUCAACAGCUCAAGUAGGAAUGAAACCAGUUCAGCAGGGGAAGCACAAUGGAUUCUUGUGUAUUCUGCUCUUGGUACUGUGGCAUUUGUCUUCACCGUGAUAUCUCUUUCUGUGUUAUCAAUGCGUAAAGGUCACCCAAAGAGAAGGACACAGAUGGAAAACCAGGGUAUCUCUAUGGAAAACCAACACAUCGGCGUCAAACUGCUCACCAGGCAAACCGCCUCCGACUCGCCAACAAUGAAAGAGACGCCACCCUCACCGUUACCAAGAGACGGCAGCUACAUUUGCAGCCAGCCGAGCAAAGGGAAAGAAGACAAUCCAAACAAGAGGAUGGAAGAAGAGGAAAGCGGCAUCGUAUACGCCGCGCUCAAUCACCAGCUGCCACCAGGUGGCGCUGCUCGACCAUGGAGGCCCAAGGAGGAGCGUUCAGAGUAUGCAGCCAUACUCGUCUGAUAUGAGACAGGAGACAAGAGAAUGGCUUCACUGCAAACUUCGUCGGAUGUUAGAGGUGACAGAAGACCUUCCAAGAUGAAAACGUUUCUCGAGGGAUGUUAAUACAACAUGAAUUACUGUAAUCACACAAUA